UAUUUCCUUUAAUCUGAAUUUUGUGGAAUGGGAAGAGGAUCCCAUUCAAUGGGGGUCAGGAGGCUACAUCGCCAGACAGAAGUGGAACCCAGCCGCCGGAAGGUCUCCGAUGAGCCCAGCCAUGGUAAUCGAACCAAUGAAGCAUAUGGACAUCGCUGCUUUCCCAUUUCGCCCUCUGCUCUUUUCUUUUUCCUCCUCUUCUUGCUCGCAAGUUCCUUCGCCGUUUACUUGGGCAAUCGAUCUCCCCGAAGGCUGCCGACGUCAUAUUCUCUCUCUAUAUACGAGGGGGACAUUAUCAAGUCCGAUGUUGGUUAUCGAGAGAUCCUUAAUGAGAAUGCGAAGAUUAUAUUCGAUAGAUCUAUUCGCCAUUUUCCUAAUCCUGUGUUGGCGUACAUAACUCCUUGGAAUUCUAGAGGUUUUGAAGUGGCAAAGGAGUUCACCUCUAAAUUUACACAUAUUUCACCUGUUUGGUAUGAGCUAAAAAGUCACGGGAAGAAGGUUUUUUUGGAUGGACGGGGUAACGUUGACAAGGGUUGGAUUUCUGAUAUCAGGAAGAAUGGAAAUGUUCUGGUGCUACCUAGAGUUGUUAUUGAAGCAUUUCCGGCAGAUCUGUUACUCAAGAAGAAACAAUGGAGUAAAGCAUGCGACAUCAUUCUAAAAGAAUGCAAGGAAAUGGAAUAUGAUGGUAUUGUUCUAGAAUCUUGGUCAAGGUGGGCGCAAUAUGGUGUCUUGCAAGAUCCAGAAAUGCGUAAGAUGGGGUUGAAAUUCAUUAAACGGCUAGGGCAUGUAAUGCGUUCUGUAAAUUCAGCAAAAAAUGACAGUCUUCACCUUGAGUUGAUCUACGUUAUCUCUCCACCUCAUUCACAAAAUUUUGCUGAUUAUGACUUCGGGCCUCAAGAUCUGCAAGAACUUAGUGAUUCUGUGGAUGGUUUCUCUCUCAUGACCUAUGCCUUCUCAGGACCACAAAAUCCAGGUCCUAAUGCUCCUCUGAGUUGGAUCCAUUCAUCCAUGCAGCUGCUGCUUGGUGGCAAUAAUGUUGGCGGUGUUCUUAGCCAUGCCCAUAUGAUCUUUCUUGGCAUCAACCUUUAUGGCAAUGAUUUCUCACUUUCUGAAGCAGGUUCAGGUGAAGCAAUUACUGGUAGGGAUUACUUAUCACUGCUGGAGAAAUACAGACCUGUGCUGCAUUGGGACGAGAAGAGCGCAGAACAUUAUUUCAUUUAUUCGCAAGAUAAUCUUCACCAUGCAGUUUUCUAUCCAUCCCUGAAAUCAAUCCGGAUGAGAUUGGAUGAAGCCCGGGCUUGGGGAGCUGGUCUUUCUUUGUGGGAGAUUGGACAAGGGCUGGACUAUUUUUAUGAGCUCCUCUAAAGCUUAUUUUUCAAGUCUUCGGGUGUGAUUUGGUAUUUUAAGAAGAUACUAUUGGAACAUACUCUUUUAAUGAAUGUUCACGAUAGGGUUGUAAUUGAGUCGAGUCGAGAAUGAUAGUGGUCUUUCUUUGUGGGAGAUUGGACAAGGGCUGGACUAUUUUUAUGAGCUCCUCUAAAGCUUAUUUUUCAAGUCUUCGGGUGUGAUUUGGUAUUUUAAGAAGAUACUAUUGGAACAUACUCUUUUAAUGAAUGUUCACGAUAGGGUUGUAAUUGAGUCGAGUCGAGAAUGAUAGUAGAUUAAACUUGGUUUAGUUAUAUGAUAAAUUAAAAAGAAGAUA